AUGCCAUUCAGCGCAGACGCAACCAAUGGAGUGAACGGCAUAUCCAACCAUGGCCAUGACUACCUGCGCGCUGUGACGGGUGUCACAGCAUCUUCUUUUCCAACAGAGGAGGAGCGAAUCAAGGCAUUGCAAGCAACCUACGAGGUUAUUGCCAAAUUGGAAAACCCAAAGGAUACCUACAUUAGGACUCAUUUGAAUCAGUCGGCCAUCGUUGCUGGUGUCAAGGUCAUCAAAGAUUUGAACUUGAUGCCGAAGUGGAAAGAACAAGGGUUUGUCCCAAUGACGUGUGGUGAACUUGCAUGUCUUGGUGGACGCUGUGAUCCUCAACUCCUCCUGGGGAAAUUCAAGCCGAACCAGUUCUUCAUGGAACUUGCAAAUCCAGACUUCAACACUCUCACCAAUUUUUAUUACAUGAUUUGCCAUCAUGCGUACGGUAUCAUGCCUGAUUAUCUGGCAGAACAGGGUCACAAGAACCCUUCUGACCCCAUGGACACCAUUCUUCGAAAGUCUACGGGGCACAGCGGAGACCUUUGGUCUUAUUUGACCGAGAAUCCGAAAGUAGGUGAGGUGUUCAACAUCGUCCAGAAGACGUCCACGAAUACAGAGCCACCAUGGAUGGAUAUGUAUCCUCACCGGAACCUGGUCGACGGAUCAGAUCCCAACCUCCCACUUCUCGUGGACGUUGGUGGUGGGAUUGGGCACGAUCUCUUACGGUUUUACAAAGCCUACCCGAAUGAAGGAUCAAGAUUGUACCUCGAAGAUCUUCAGCCGGUCCUUAUUGAUGCGAAGGCGAAUGCACUGGUCCCCGAUACGGUGAAGAAGGUGGCAUACAGCUUUUUCGAACCACAGCCAGUGAAACAUGCCCGUGCAUAUUACUUGCACCAUAUCCUUCACGAUUGGCCCGAUCACGAGGCCCUAAAGAUUCUAGAGACGCAGAAAAGUGCCAUGAAGCCUGGUUACAGCAGGUUACUGAUCCACGACCAAGUUCUAGAUGACGAGAAGAGCCAGAUAUCGACUACGUCGUAUGACAUUGCCAUGAUGGUGUUCUUAGCUGGAAUGGAACGCACUGAGAAGCAGUGGUUGGCUUUGCUUGAAACAGCCGGUCUGAGGGUCAUCAAGUUUUGGAAGAAGCCACCCGACCACUUCAGUGUCAUUGAGGUUGAGGUUCCAGUAGCCUAG